AUGGCUUGCGCUGGGUCGAGUAGGUUGUGCGUUCGCGUGCAGGAGAAAUUGUUGUUGUGCCAGUGGGGGCAUGCACAGGCGUCGCGGCGCCGCGCCGCCUCCACGACGACGGCGGCGGCGACAUCGCUAGUGCAAAACGCCGCCAGUGUCGGAUUCAAGCCCUUCCGGAUACCCUUCGCCUACGACCAACCACAGUGUUUGGUGUCGGCCGCCAUGACAGCGUCGUCCUCAUGUCUACAUCCGUGCAAUCGUCCGGAAGUGCUCACGACCGCGACGCGAAGGAACUUCGCCACGAUGCGAACGCAACAGCCCGGAUCGAUGCCCGAGUAUCAGGUGGAUCCUUACUUGUUGCUGGAUGACGAUCUUAAGGAUGUGUACGGAUAUAUUAGACAGGCAUUACGUAGGAAUACCUAUCAGGAAGAACUGCACGAAAUAGCGACGUAUUACUUCGAUGGACAGGGCAAAGCUAUACGACCGAUGGUGGCGAUCCUCGUCGCCAGAGCGAUCAAUUAUCACAUGUACAAAGAAAAUAGUGGUCUGCUUACUUCACAAAGGGAAGUGGCAAUGAUUUCGGAAAUGAUCCACACCGCCUCUCUAGUCCACGACGACGUCAUCGAUCAAUCGGAUUUCCGCCGAGGCAAGCCCAGUGUCAAUGUGAUGUGGAAUCACAAAAAGGUCACGAUGGCAGGCGACUUUAUAUUAGCGGUUGCCUCAAUGAUGAUAGCCAAAUUAAGAAACGAUGAUGUAACUCUAGUACUUAGCCAGGUAAUUACUGACCUAGUCCAAGGCGAAUUCAUGCAGUUGGGAUCAAAGGAAACGGAGAACGAACGAUUCGCACACUACCUCACCAAAACUUAUCGCAAGACCGCAUCAUUGAUAGCAAAUUCAGUCAAAUCGGUGACAAUGCUUGCCGGAGCUGAUGAAGAGCUCGCCGAAGUCGCCUAUCAAUACGGCAGGAAUUUAGGACUCGCUUUUCAACUUGUUGACGAUUUGCUUGAUUUUGUAUCAUCAUCAGCCGCAAUGGGCAAACCGACAGCUGCGGAUUUAAAACUCGGUUUGGCUACCGCCCCGGUUCUAUUUGCUUGUGAGAAGUAUCCUGAAUUAAACCCUAUGAUAAUGCGACGUUUCCAAGAACCCGGCGAUGUUGAAAAGGCGUUUGAGCUGGUGCACAAGUCGCGCGGCCUGGAGCAAACACAAUUUUUAGCCAAACAGCACUGCCAGGAGGCUGCACGCCUUGCGAACCUCAUCGCUGAGAGUCCCUAUCAGAAGGGAUUAGUAGUGGCAGCCGACUACGUGCUCAACCGCAUGAAAUAGUAUUCAGCACCGGGGGCGGCGGUAAUAGCGCACUGUGGCGACAGGUGACACUUGUUCGAGCGCGGUUUUUAUCACGUGUAGAUAUUUAUCGAAAGAGUCAGUUGAUUUUUUAAACGUUUGUAUGAUUGAAAUAAACUUGUAGGAUGUCCAGACGCAUUUCCAGAUUUGGUUGACGGUUAAAUAUUGCGACACGCACACGGAGAAUAAUAAAAUUAAUUAAAACAUGCAUUAAAAUGCAUGAAAUUAAGCUAUAUGAAUGAGUAAACGUAAAACUUAAAGUUAUUAAUGUUAUUACAUAUGUUAAUAUUGUUAAACUAUACAUGAAGAAUGCAAUAAUUAAAACGAACAAUCAUCUUAAGAUGAUUGUCACAGUUGAGUAAGAACACGAAGUAAAAUUUAUAAAUAACGGGUUGGUAUUUAUUUAUCAUUCGACAAUAUUAUGCACAAUUGUUAUAAUAUUAUGUAAUGCUUUAAUAAUGCGAUGUAAUUAUCUUGUAAACAAUGUAAACAAUGACACAACAUGUUAUCAUUUUUGGGGUGGACAGCAAUUGUGGAAUUUGAAGCUAAGUGUCCUUAAAAUAUUAGAAAUAUGAACGUGCCCCAGUUCUUAUCUGUAGAAUAAUCUAUGUAACGUCUUUUAAAAGUUUUCAUUUUCCAAACAUGCUCAAAUAAUGUUUAAUUGUUUAGAAAUUGUUUAAAAUAUAGGUAUGCGAGUGCACCUCGAUAGUAUGCAGUAAAUUAAAUUCAGUGUUAGCUGUAGUUGAGUAUAUUAAGUACCAGUAUAUCUAUAUUAUCAUGAACACACUUAUAUGAGUAUAUUUUUCGUUUUCGUAAUUAUUGUAAUUAAAUAUUGCAAAUUUAAUUAUUGUAAAAUUAUAUGAAUAGGAGUAACUUACUAUAAAUAAAGUAAAGAUAUAUUAGCUACGCA